GCUCUCCCAGUCUCCCCCAUCCUUUAUAUUCAAAGGCCGCAAAGAAGAAGUACAGCCCAAGAGCGACCUCUUCCUCGUAGCUAGUAUUCCGCCAUGGAUCACUCGGGCAUGGGCAACAUGGCGCCGGACCAGGGUUACAGUACCCACAUGACCUUCUUCUGGGGCAAGAACUCGGAGAUUCUCUUCAAGGGAUGGCCCGGCACCAGGGGCGGCAUGUACGCCCUGGCCCUCAUCGUCGUCUUCCUGCUCCCCGUCCUCGUCGAGUGGCUCAACUUCUGCCGUGUGGUCAGGCCUCGUUGGGGCCAUACUGUGACCGGGCUCGCUCAGACGGCCAUGUACGCGAUCCGCGUCGGGCUCGCCUACUUGCUCAUGCUCGCCGUCAUGUCCUUCAACGUUGGCGUGUUGAUCGCCGCGAUACUGGGUCAUGCCUUGGGGUUCUUGCUCUUUGGCAGCUCGGUGUUCCAGAGACGGAAGCUGCAGCCGGCCGAGGGGACCAAGGGAGAUCUACCUCCCAUGUCCUGUGCCUGCUGAUUAUUUCUACGGCUUUUCAGUGUGUGGGGUGAUUUCGGAGUGCAAUAAACGUGGAAAUGUUUGCUUUGGAAUUUGAUUGUCAAUACUGAAUCCGCAACUUAGAUUUUAACGGUUGUAAAUUGUGUUGGAAAAUAAGGGUGCAGAUGUUUGAUCUUCUGCGAAAUUUUUACGGGGAGACUGAACGAACGUCACGAUGCUCAAAAUGGUAUUCCAACUGGAGCUUGUUCACAAGAUCUGCAGAGAAGAAAUGGUGCAAUUGUUUUGAUAACUUUUCCAAGAAAUCUUUCCUAAUUUUUUUAAAGAACUGUUUUCUUUUUAGCUUUGGAGAAAGGAUUGAGGCCACCAUAUACGAUGACUGUAAUAAGUACUUAAAUGAACGGUGUUGCAGAGAGAAUGCUGGUAAUCCAACAUCCCCUGUACUCCACUCAUUUUCCUGUUUCA